UUCGGGACGUCAUGAGGAAUGCAGACAACGUAGCAUACAGGAUCCCUGAGAUCACCAGUGCUGCAGGCGCUUGCUUCCCUGCCACAUCUACCAUUCUGAUCGAUGGAAAGCAUCCUGAGAAGAUGGCAAGUCUGCAGCUUGGCACCAAGGUCCUCUCCAUUCCUGACAACGAUACCACACCUGCCAGCCUGGACACCGUGUACUUCUUCAGCCACGCCUCCGAGGACGUCAUCGCUCCUUUCGUCUCCAUGACGACCACCGGCGGGAAGACCCUGCACCUGUCGGAGGGACACUACCUCUACGUGGGGACGGACGCCCUGAAGACCGGCGUACUGGUCACCGCUCGCCAGGUGAAGGUUGGGGAUGUGGUGCACGUGGUGGAUGGACCAGACCAAACCCCUCAUCCCGAAGAGGUCACGGAGGUCAAGACCGAGCUGAAGCGAGGCCUGUACUGCCCCCACACCCUGGGAGGGUCCCUCGUGGUGGACGGCGUCUGCGUUUCCACCUACACGGAGAUGUUCCCGCCUGCCGUGGCCCACGGGCUGCUGUGGCCCCUCCGAGUCCUGUACCGCUUCGCUCCCGAGAUGGCGGGUAAGAUAGGGCAGCCACAGGGGGAGAAGGGCAUGCCUACCUGGCUGGGCUGGCUCCACGAUCGCUACAUGGCCUGGGUCUAGACAGGAUGAUUGUGUUAUACAUGCCAUCCUCAUCACUACAAUUAAUGUUACUGUAGUAUAAAAGGGAAAAGGUUUUGGUGUUUGAAGAUUGCAUGUUGCUUUCAGCAUCUUUACAAAUGAUGUAUAAUUCAAAUGCUACCUUAUUCAAGUCUGUACCCGAAAAUAAUGUUACAGCUAAAUUGUACCACUGGGACUUUAUAAAGUUCUUGAUCUUGAUUCUACAUCUUUGAACAAUCCUUCAACUUUAACUUAGUAUUGUAAUGCUAAAAAAAUGGGCAAAAUCAUUUAUCUCAGAUUUUUAACCUAGCUUGAAAUUUAUAUUCAGAAAUAUCUAUUCAUUGGAGGUUAUGAUUGUCCACCAGAUGAUACUAGAUGAGAUCUACAAACAAUGGAAUUGUUUAACUGUUCUUAACAGAAUAUUGCUGGUUUUGAAGUGAUGCAUUCCUAGGCUGUGCAAAAUGUAGAUACUAACUAUUAUUCAAAAUAAUUAGUGCAUGUACUAGAGAAAAAUGUACUAGGUAAAUGAUACAUUCAAGUUAAAGUUCAUUUUAGAAACUUCAGAUGCUGUAAUACGCUUAGAGAUACAAAUGUAAAAUCUGAACCUUACCACACUGACCAGCUGAUAAGUGAUACAUUUGUACAUGUAAUGGAAGACAUUUUUGAAGCUAGAAUAAACUGCCUUGUAUGAUUUUA